AUGGCUACCCCCAGUGUCCUCACCUUUGACGCUGAGGGCAGAGCCAUCGACUUUGACGUAUGGGUAGACGACCUACUGCUUUUCCUACAGUGCGACAGAGCUGACGGCCUCUCUCUCUUUGAUCUCACUUCUGGUGCCUCUCCCGCCCCUGCUGCUACUGAGGAUGCCACUGUUCGCUCACAGUGGGCCACACGCGAUGCUGCUGCACGUCUUGCUGUGCGUCGCCACCUCCCUCCCGCUGAGCGUGCGCACUUUGGGUCGUACAAGAGUGCUCAGGCCUUGUACGACGCCGUUAUUGCACGCUACUCCACCCCUGCCACUGCCGCACUGAGCCGCCUCAUGCUACCGUACCUCUUUCCCGACCUUGCUGCUUUUGCCACAGUCGCUGACCUCAUUACCCACCUGCGCACCAGUACGCACGCUUCAGCGCUGCACUUCCUGCUGAGUUCUGCGCCAAGAACCCCCCCCCCCCCCAAGUACUUCACUCUCUACUACAUUGUCACCCGCCUCCCUGACUCCCUUCGCGGAGUCAGGGACGACCUACUCGCAGUCUGCCCCACCACUCUCACUGUCGAGCUCCUCGAGAAGUCCCUCCUAGCAGCCGAGAAGAGCAUUCUCGCUGUAGGGGCCUCUCGUGGUGACCCACGCACCCCCAUCUUUGAGGGGUGUUCCCCCUCCCCCCUCCUGCCCUCUGUCGCCUCCGCUGCUACGGUCGACCUUGUUGGUUUUGAGUCGGUCGGUGCGGCGUCUGCCCCCAGCGGGAGACGUCGCUCUGGCAAGAGCAAGGGGGGCAGGGGCGGUGGUGGAGGCGGCGGGGGCGGUGGAGGCGGCGGUAGAGGCAGCGGAGGAGGUGAGGGUGGUAGCGGGAGUGGUAGCGGGAGUGGAGGUGUCGGCGGAGGCAGUGGAGGCGGGGGCGGCAGCGGCGGUGGUGGUGGGAGUGGAGGCGGAGGCGGCGGUGGCGGCGGCGACGGUGGGAGUGGCGGUGGCAGCGGAGGUGGUGGCGGCGGCGGCGGAGGAGGCGGCGGAGGUCGUGGCUCGUCGAGGAGGAGUGGCUCCGGUGGUGGUCACCGCCAGCAGCAGCAGCGUGGUCAGGAGACCCUCUCCCCGCAGCAGCUCCGUGAGUGGUACUCUGCACGUCAGCGAGGUGGGGGUGCUGGUCCGUGCACUUACGUCCUGCGCACUGGCGACCGUGCGGGUGAGCACUGUGGUGGUCCACACUCCGCCCAGCGUUGCUUCGGCCGCCUGACUGACGCUUGGCGCCGCCAGUUUCCUGACGCCUCUGAGAUCCCUCGCUGGGACCAGCUGUCUAGGGCAGGAGUAGCUAUCUUUGAUCUUGACUUUGAUGCUAUUCUUGCUGCCAUGUAUGCUGUGACUAUUAGUGAGGAGGGUGACUGUUACCGGUGUUUCCCGCCCGACCCGGGCAUUGGUACUGCGGCUCUAGGUGCUGUUGAGGCUGCUGCUCCAGGUGCUGGUGAGGCUGUUGCUCUAGGUGCCAGUGAGUCUGAGUCCUCAGGUGCUGGUGAGUCUGCUCUCUCAGACCGCACCACACUCACGCCGCUUAGUCGGCCAGUGGCGGUCUCCUUGGCAGACCCCUCUGGGGGUCCUGUUCUGGCUCGCUACUCCACUGUCCUGCCGUGCCCUGCGGUCCCGUUUGGCGCCCUGUCCGGUCUCUACCUCCCCUCGUUCUCUACGAACUUGGUGGCGGGUGCUGACCUACAGGAUGCAGGGGUUGACCAGUUCACCCCUGCGCGCCGACGGGUCACCCACUGCACGAACGCGGACACGGGUCGACACCUGACCACGUUCACACGUGGGCCGGGGUCGAGCCUGUACACACUCACUGUUCCGUCUCCUCCUCCUGCGUCUGGUCAGGUAGCUGCGUCGGGUCAGGUGUUUGCUGCAGCGUCCAGGUCUGGUCCUGAGUCUGCCCCCUGCUCGUGUCGCCUCCUGUCCCACGAGACCCUCCUGUGGCACCACAGGAUGGGUCACCCCUCCCUGCCUCGUCACCGGGGCAUGGUCUCUCGCCUUCUCGUCUCUGGCCUUCCCCGGUCCCUUCCUCCCCUUCCUCCGGGGCCUGGCCCUCCCUGUGUCCCCUGUGUCGAGGGUCGCCUACGGGCUACCCCUCACUCCUCCCCGUUUCCUCCGACGGAGGCCCCGAUGCAGACACUUCACAUGGACGUGUGGGGCCCAGCCCGCGUCCGUGGACAGGGUCACGAGCGCUACUUCCUGCUGGUGGUUGACGACUACUCGCGUUACACCACAGUCUUCCCCUUGCGCAGCAAGGGUGAGGUCACUGAGGUGUUGAUCGACUGGAUCCGCGCAGCUCGUCUCCAGCUCAAGCGGAGCUUCGGCUCGGACUUUCCUGUUCUGCGUCUGCACUCGGACAGAGGCGGAGAGUUCUUCUCCGGCCUUCUGCGAGCCUACUGUCGGGCACGAGGCAUCCGCCAGACCUUCACGCUUCCGGACUCUCCACAGCAGAAUGGGAUUGCUGAGCGCCGCAUCGGCAUUGUCAUGGACGUCGCCCGUACGUCCAUGGUGCAUGCGGCUGCCCCCCAUUUUCUGUGGCCGUUUGCGGUUCGGUACGCCGCGCAUCAGAUCAACCUUCAGCCCAGAGUCUCCCGACCGGAGACCUCCCCAGCUUUGCUGUGGACGGGGAAGGUUGGCGAUGCGUCGGCGUUCCGUGUCUGGGGAUCUCAAGCGUUUGUCCGCGACUUGUCUACGGACAAGCUGUCCCCUCGUGCUGCUCCCUGUGUCUUCCUUGGCUUCCCCACAGACGCUCCCGGGUGGCAGUUUUACCACCCCUCCUCUCGUCGUGUUCUGUCCUCCCAGGACGUCACGUUCGACGAGUCAGUCCCCUUCUACCGCCUCUUCCCCUACCGCACUCCUUCCCUCCCCCCUCCGUCGGACUUCCUUGUGCCAGUUCCCCCCCCGGUCGACCCCCUCCCCCCUCAGGUUCCUGCCCCCUCAGGUGUGUCCCAGGUAGACGCAGAUGACCCGGUCGAGGUUACUGGUGACUCUGGUGCUGCUGCGGGUGCUGAGCCUGGGGGUGCUGACUCUGGGGGUGCUGUGCGCGGGGGGGCCGAGCCUGGAGGUGCUGCAACUGGGGGUGCUGAGCCUGGGGGUGCUGGGCCUGGGGGUGCUAUUGCGGAGGGUGCUGAGCCUGGGGGUGCUGAGCCGGGGGGUACGGUGCCUGGAGCUGCUGAGCUAGGGGGUGCUGAGUCUAGGGGUGCUGGGUCGGGAGCUGCUGAGCCUGGGGGUACUGAGUCUGGAGCUGCUGAGCCUGAGGGUGCUGGGUCGGGAGCUGCACAGCCUGGGGUUUCUCCUGCUGCUGCGUCUCGCCGGGAGCCCCUCUCUCCACAAGAGCUGCGCGAGUGGUUUGCUCGCCGCUGGAGGCGUGCUGCUGGAGCUGGAGCUUCUUCGACCGUCGAGGGUGCUGGUGCUGCCGGUCCCGGAGCUGCUGGACCUGCGGGUACUACUGGAGCAGGAGCUCCUGAGGGUGUUGGUGCUGAGACUACUACUGUCUGUCCCGGCGGUGGUUCUGCUGCUGGUGCUGCUGGAGGUCCUGCCGAUGGAGGUGUUGGUGGCGCUGGUGCUGUCGCUGAGGGUGCUGGUGCUGUCCCUGCUGAGUCUGGAGCUGCCGCGCGGCCUCGACCGUACUUCGUUCCGCUCCUGCAGCAGUUUCUUGCCUGCGUCUCGUCUUGCGUCGCCUGCUCGUGCUACUCGCACUAG